AUGGAAAACGAGUAUGCAACAGGAGCUGUUAGACCAUUCCAAGCUGCUGAAAGUAAUGAAAGAUAUCAAGAUCCUCAAAAUUACGAACUGUCCAAAAAGGUAGUAAUAUUUACCCCAAUAUAUUAUUUCGAUGGGAAUUCAUGGACAGCUUUAGAAAGAUUAUUAAGUCUUAAAAAGACCAUAUUUCAUGAUAAUAGACUUGUCACAUUGUGCCCUGUGGAAAAUAAUAUAACCCCGAUCGAACUGGAGGCUUCUAUUAGUGGCAAAUAUGAUAUUAAGGUUUAUAGACAUUGCGAAUAUAUUUUAUGUAUUGAGGGGGAACAGAAAAUAUUAAUAAAAAUACCUGUUACGAAAAAUAUUAUAACAUGGAAUUCUGAUCAGCGCCUUCCAUUACUACCAAAAACAUGGAAACCUACCAUUUUUCUUUUAAAUGAGAGCAAUAUAUUUCUUAGGUUUAUUCCGGAUAAAUGUUUAGUUAUUAGCCAAGUGAGUUAUAGUGAUUCAUAUAAGGUAAAUUGUAUUAACUUCUCUGAAGGAUUUUGUUGCUGUCAUCCAAUAAAUAAUUUAGCACUAUUAUAUGGAGAGUAUCAACAAAAUCAAGAAUCAAAAAUUAUGAAAUUACCGAAACUUCCCAUAAGUAAUGGGAAAUAUAAUUACUUUAUACAUUUUUUUACAUGGGGCACUAUGUUUGUUCCCAAAUAUUUUGAAUUAUCAAGAGGCCCCUUAUGUAAUUUCAAGAAAAAUAUCAUUGCUUUAUUAAUAAUACCACCCAAAAUACACAUUUCUAUUGAAUUACAUAGUUCCUCUCCUGUAGUAUGUUCAAUGGAAUAUAAAAAAGAUUUUCUUAUUACGGCAAGAAAGCCAAAUAUUACAGAUAUAGAGAUAUAUACAAUCAUACAAGAUCAAUUAAUAAAGUAUGAUUUUUCAUAUGAUCUUCGUUUAAAUAAAGAAAACGCUUCAAUAUCACAUUUAAACAUUCCAAUAGGUUUUAAAAUAAGUAAUGAAGAAAAAGAGAAAAAAAAAAAAAAUUCUUCUCAUAUAUGCAAAUGGACAUUUAUUGAAACAAGAGAUCAAAGAACAUUAAAUAGAUCAGGAAACUCAUCAUCCGAACAUAUCAUGUCUCAAGAUUUGGCUUGCAUAUUUGAUGCAGAAAAAGGUAUUUAUUAUUCUACAGAUUAUGGUAUACGUUAUUGUAAGGCAUUUAAACAGUUGAAAGUAUAA